CACCUGCAACCUGGAGAGCGCACGACACAGACUCAGCCGUCCAAUGUGUUGCGCGUUUCAGGUUUACGUCCAAGAAAAAUAGGAAAGCUGCACACUUAAAGAAAGAAACAGUUAGAAUAGAAGCUCCUUUUGUAGGUUUGGGCUGUUUGUUUCCUCUGUAGUUAUGCAGGAUAAAGGCGCAUUUAUCAGCCCCUUUCUCAGACCGAGGUGUCUGGCUGCUGCAGCGGCGCCGGCGGGGAAAGCCAAACUAACUCACCCGGGGAAGGCGAUCCUGGCAGGUGGGAUUGCUGGUGGCAUAGAGAUCUGCAUCACCUUCCCCACAGAGUACGUCAAGACUCAGUUACAACUGGAUGAAAAGGCCAACCCACCCAAAUUCAGAGGAAUAACUGACUGUGUGAAACAGACGGUACAGGGUCAUGGGGUCAAAGGACUGUACCGAGGACUCAGCUCUCUGCUGUAUGGAUCAAUACCUAAAUCUGCAGUCAGGUUUGGGGUGUUUGAGUUCCUCAGUAAUCAUGCGAAGGAUGAGUCAGGUCGACUGGACAGCACCAAAGGUCUGCUGUGUGGACUCGGAGCUGGGGUGAUGGAGGCUGUUUUCGUGGUCUGUCCAAUGGAAACUGUGAAGGUUAAAUUUAUUCAUGACCAGACAUCAGCCAACCCCAAAUACAAAGGCUUCUAUCAUGGAGUCCGAGAGAUCGUCAGGGAACAAGGAAUUAGAGGGACAUAUCAGGGUCUCACUGCCACCGUCCUUAAACAAGGAUCCAACCAGGCUAUACGAUUCUAUGUGAUGACCUCUCUGAAGAACUGGUACAAAGGUGAUAACCCUAAUAAAGCUAUGAACCCCUUGUUGACUGGAGCCUUUGGGGCCAUAGCUGGAGCUGCCAGUGUCUUCGGAAACACCCCUCUAGAUGUCAUCAAGACACGUAUGCAGGGCCUGGAAGCACAUAAAUAUAAAAGCACAUUGGACUGUGCUGUAAAGAUCUUGAGGAAUGAGGGGGUGGCAGCUUUCUAUAAAGGAACAGUUCCUCGGCUGGGCCGGGUGUGUCUAGACGUGGCCAUAGUCUUCAUCAUCUAUGAGGAGGUGGUGAAGGUCCUGAACACGGUCUGGAAGACGGACUGAGCUACUGGGGCAGGGGGCUGCAGAGAAACAAGGAAGCCUGAACAAACGGCUCAGUGUCGCCCACGUCUGGUUGGCUGGAGUUAAUGCAGAGCUUUGCUGCACAGCAACACGCCACAAGUCAAGACCAAGAAGUGUUUACUUCUCAAAGUGGGAUUAUAAAGUGAGCCAAAUAAUUGAGGAAACAGAUCCUUUAUCCUAGAAAUACAUAAUCAGAUUCUAUAGAUGUAAAGCAAAACUUUAAAACUAAGCUAAACGCCAUGUUUGAUGACUGCUUAAGCAACAUUACUGCAGGAAUUUCUGCCUUUUUGAAGUUAUUUGAUUCACUUUCUUCAUAAGCCUGCUUUGUCAAACAUCUUCCCUCAGUGAAGAGUAAUAUUUCCAAUCAUUAAAAGCUGUUUUUCUGAUGUUUACAGCGAGGUUGUAGGUGUCAUACUGGGUUUUCAUGUUUUUUUUGUUGCUCUCUGUCUCUUCUUGUGCCUCAUGUGGUUUUAAAUCCAGAAGAGCCAGACUGCAGCUGUUAACAGUUUACAGUCACAUAAACUGCAGUAACAUCCAUAACUAGGCCUUUACCAGAAUGAUUUGACAUUUAUACAAUGUCAAUUAUUUUUAUACUAUAUAGAUUCUUAUUUAGUUAUUUGCCAGCAUCAUAGUUUUAUUGUAAAGUAUGAUAUAUAUUAUAUUCCUGUGCCAAAUGCCAAACCUGUUGUACUAUGAAAGUGUCUUCAGAGUGAAACCACGAAGAUUAUAGACGUUGAAAAGAGCAAAUAUAAUGACUUAAAUUAUGACAAACUUUAUAAAUGUAUUUAUUGAAAGUUGAAUGUUGAAUAUCUCAAUAUUUCAGAGACCGUUUGCUGUUAACUUGUGCCAUUGAGUCAAGUUUUUCCUUUACCUGGGACUGGGUGUCAAAGUAUUUUAAAGAGAGAAAGAUAUUUUAUUGUUGUAUUUCACUGUGAGUCUAUAUGACAAACAUGCAAAGUAACCUCAGAGCCCCGUUUUGUCCAUUCAGAAAAUGCACCAUGUUUCUUCAGCUCAUCCUAAAAAAAAAAAAAAAGCUUCCUACUCCUGGAUUAUUAUUUUUUAUUACCUUUUAUUAUUUGAGGUUGUUUUCAGUUUUUGUUAUUCUUCCCUUCACUUCCUAAACCAACGCUUCCUAACCUCUGGGUGGGGAUCAAGCGAAAGGAUGACAAAAAUAUAUAUCAGGGGAUGAAAGAUAUUGAAUUGGAAGGUAAAGAUGAAAAUUGGCAGAGAAUGCACAUUUAUGUUUUUUUUUCCAGGAAAUCAUUCACUGAAUAACUUACUGAAGAAAGAUGUUUCUGUAUCGAUAUCAAUGUCUUAAAACUGAUGCAGAUACCUAGACGUGACACUGUAACCCUCUGAUGCCGUGGGAAAAAAAAUAUAUAAAAAAAAAGGAAUUGCUAACAUAUUCUGCUGUAACUAACAUUACUCUGAUAAGACCAACAUGUGACUGUUUACUAAAAACCUGUUGAUUGUAAGGGGGGGGGGGGGGGACUAAUACAGUAUUGUUUUAGAUCCAUAACUGUUGAAACUUUAUCUUACUUACUUACUGACUUACUCAUGUACUAUAGAUGUAAGGCCACAUUGAAAGCCAACAGGAUAUCAGAAUAAGAACACCUCUGGGUGCAGGUAAACACUGAUUUGGGGGUCACCCGUCAGAAACAGUGAGAUCACAAUCUGGUGAAAUGAAAUUCACAUUCUGUUCUGUUCGGUGCUAUCAUGUUUCAUUCAGGUUUGUUUUAAUCUCACUCAUGUGCCUUUUACUUCUGUGUUUGUUGGUAAAUGCUACUAGAAAGAUCCUCAUCUACUAUCAAUCUAUUAAACUGUAAAAUGAACUCACAGGAAAUGAGAUGUAUGUGGUGUAGGCAUAUUGUGUUCAUGAAAAAAGAUGACAAGAAGUGUUCUGCUUAAAAACAGUAAUUAUCUGUAAUGAGUUUCAAAUGGAUUAUUUUUUAAUGUAAUCAUGUUCUAUUUGAAUUUUUUGUUGGCUAAACAGAUUCAUGGUGUGCCACAUAGGCAAAAUUACAUUGUAUUGUUAUAUUAAAUCGGUGUAUUCUGAGGCCGUGUGUAGGUGUGUGUGUGAUGCAGUUCAGUACGAUACUGCUUGUGCAAUAAUCAUUGUCCCCUCCUUUUGUCUGUGCUAAAUGUCAAAAAGUCCUUUGUGAUGGGGGAAUCUAAAAAUAACUAAUUAAAUCAAGCAUCUGAAAACUUGAA